AUGGCGAUUGCGGAGAACUACGAAGAUGUGCUCAAGGGCAAGUAUCCUGCCAGGACACACGCAAAGAAAGUUGCGAAGUGGAUUAUUGAAAAAGGAGGAGAUGAGAAGGGGACAAUCUACUUGGAGGCACAGAAGUUGAAGCUUAAUGAAGAUAAUGAUGGUGAAGCACCUUUCCGGCAGCGACGUUACUUCUUCUACCUUAGCGGCUGCGAGCUUCCGGAUUCAUACCUUACGUAUGAAAUUGCCAGUGACAAACUGACUCUCUUCAUUCCUCCGGUUGAGCCUGAUGAAGUCAUCUGGUCCGGACUGCCAAUGAGUGUCGAGGAAGCAAAAGCUAAGUACGAUAUUGACGAGUGCAAGACAACCAACGAUGUGGCCUCUCAUAUCGCCAGCUCCUCUGAAUCAGCACAGUCGACCAUCUAUGCCAUCCCAGAGCAGAUCUCGGAUCACAUCACCUUCCUCUCAUACAAGAACAAAGACCUCAAAGAACUGAAGCCUGCCAUCGAGUACUGUCGAGUUACAAAGUCUGACUACGAGAUUGCACUCAUUCGUAAGGCCAACGUCAUCUCAACAAACGCACACGUCAAUGUCAUGAAAGCUGCUGCCAAAGCAAAGAAUGAGUGCGAACUCGAAGCUGUCUUCCUCAAGUCCUGUGUGGAGCGCAACGCAAAGAACCAGGCCUACCACUCGAUCGUCGCAGCAGGCGAGAAUGGAGCCACACUGCACUAUGUCAAUAACGCCGCGUCGAUCGCGGACCAAAACCUACUUCUUUUGGACGCUGGAUGCGAGGUUGACUGCUACGCCUCUGACAUUACGCGGACAUUUCCCAUCAAGGGAUCGUUCACAGAAGAGAGUCUGGCAAUUUACAACAUCGUCCUUGAUAUGCAGAAGCAGUGCAUAGACGCACUGAAGGCGGAUGUUGUUUGGGACUCGAUUCACGAACUCGCUCACAAGAUCGCCAUCCAAGGACUUCUGAAACUCGGUAUCUUGAGAGGUGAUGCAGAGGAGAUGUUCAAGGCACGGACGAGUGUGGCCUUUUUCCCUCAUGGACUCGGUCACUAUCUGGGCAUGGACACGCACGAUACCGGCGGUAACGCGAAUUACGCGGACAAGGACAACAUGUUCCGGUACCUGAGAGUGAGGGGCACGCUUCCUGCGAGGAGUGUGAUUACAGUUGAGCCCGGGAUCUACUUCUGUCGGUUCAUCAUCGAGCCAUAUUUGAAGAAUGAAGAGCAGAAGAAAUUCAUCGACGAGAAGGUUUUGGAGAAGUAUUGGAGCGUUGGCGGUGUGAGAAUUGAGGAUAACAUUCUGGUCACGGAAGAGGGAUCUGAAAAUCUUACACCGACGCCAAAGGAAGUCGAUGAUAUUGUGAAAUUGGUAAAGUCGGGCUAA